AUGGACGGCGACACCGUCUUCCCAUACCCACACCUCCCCAUCGAGUGGAUGAUGAACCUCUGGGGAAUCCAACACAACACGUUCAUCGCCAUGGCACGAGAGAUCGACGCCCCACGCAGCUACGACUCGCACGGCCAGCUCGUGCUGAACACCGGGUUCAUUAUUGCGCAGCAAUCCCCGCGCACCGAAGAGAUGUUCGAGGCAUGGAAGGACUGCAUCCAUGAUAUCCGGUACCCGGGCUGCUCCAACUACACGGACCGGUUCUCGCACGAGCAAUAUGCGUUCGGCAACUGGGUCCGGUAUGACUUCAAUUCCACUGAUGAGGUGGUGACCAUUCCCUGCUCUGAUGCGAUGGGGUUCCCCGGUCGGGCGGGUGAGGGCGAGGAGUGUCAGGGUGAUCUGUUGGGUCACUAUACGCUUGAUAAGGAUAUGGCCAUUCAAGCGGUGCAGAGGUCGCUCAUGCGGUAUCUGAUGCAGGAUGUGCAUCGGGAAUUUUAUCGCGAGUAUGUACAGCUCGGUGGAUCUCGAUGA